GGAAGAUGGCGGUGGUCAAUGGUGUGGUGCAGUCUCUGGAUCUGAAGCUCAUACAGAUAUUCAACGGCUUGGGACCCAAGCGGCCAAAGAAGAGAAAAGCUAGUGUGCUGGAUAGAAAUGGUGAGACACUUUACAAUGAUGAUGGAGAUGAUAAUACUGAAGAUUCCCUGGGUAUUAAAGAUCCAACUUAUCUCACCAUAGCUGAUACCUCUAUAAAAGCUCAAGGUCAAGUACCCAGACCUCCAAAUGAAGAGUCACCACAACAAGUUGGUUCAGUUUUACAAUUGGAUGAUAUAUCAUUAAAUUUCCAAAAUUCAAUAUUGAUUAUUCAAAAUAAACCAAGACAAAAAUAUAAAACUAAAAACACCAUGUCUUUGGAGAUUAAAGAUGAAAUUUACAACCAAAUUGGACCUCAUGAAAUUAAAUUUUGCAGAAAUUUAAAAUUAAAACAUGCUUCAAGUGUUAAAUUGUCUUAUCCUAAAUUAUCAAUCCAAUUCUUAUCUGUUGAACAAGAUCAUUAUGAAAUUGAAGUUUUAAUAGAUUAUAAAGUGGAAUUAAUAGAAUCAUUAGCACUAAAUACCCGUCUGACUGAUACUCAACUCGGAUACAUAAAAGAUUUGAUCAAAUCCAUUGCUGUGUAUCCCAAUCCACCACAAUCAAAUAUUGAAAUCAAUACAAAAUUUUUCUAUGAUAUGAUUACCCAACAUACAGAAUCCAUACCCAAAGAGACAAAACCUUUGUUAGUAUCAGAAUUAGAUACAGACCUUUUAAAAUUCCAAACAACUUCUGUUAAAUGGUUAUUAACAAAAGAAAAUGUCCUCUAUGAUGAUGAAUCUCGUUCUGUUAAACCAUCUCCAAUUUGGUCCAAAUCAAUGUCUAAUGAUGAUGAGAAAGUUUUAAAAGCGCUGGAUUCAAUUUCAUUUGGAUUUAAAUUAAUUAAAAUCCCGUUCUAUGAUGAAGAACUUUGGUAUAAUGAUUAUACUCAAAAUAUUUGUUCGAAAAAUAGAGCUAUUGAAUUCCUAACAGAUUGGGAUUUUGCAAAUAUAGGUGGUACUGGAUUAUUAGCUGAGGAAAUGGGUCUAGGUAAAACUGUCGAGACUGUUGCGCUAACCCUAUUGAAUCAAAGACCUUUUAAUGAUAUUAAUCAAAAUUAUUUUGAAACUUCAUUACAAAGAAUGGUUAAAAAAUUGAAAUCAACUUUAAUAGUGUGUCCUGAAUCUAUUCUACAUCAAUGGUGUGAUGAAAUUGAAUUACAUGCUCCAAGUUUAACAAUCAUGAUUUACAAAGGAAUCAAUUCAAGUAAACAAACUUGUACUGAAUUAGUGGAGGAAAUGAGUAAACAUGAUAUCAUCCUGACUUCAUAUAGUGUCAUAUCAAGAGAAAUUCAUAAUGCCCUAUAUAACCCAUCUUCAAGACCUAAAAGACAAAGAAGAACUCCAACUCCAAGAUUUUUAGAAUUGGAAUUAGAUCCUUCAAUUGAUAUAGAACCUGAAGCUUUAGAAAGUUUAAAACAAAUUUAUCAACAAAUUGAUUCUGAUAGGAAACUAAUAAGAGAUCGGGAUGAUCAUUCUUCACCUCUUGUGAUGUGUGAAUUUUGGAGAAUUAUAAUGGAUGAAGUUCAAAUGGUGGGGAAAACUUUAUCAAAUGUUUGUAAAAUUGCUACAAGAAUCCCCAGAUUCCAUUCAUGGGGUGUUUCAGGUACUCCAAUUAAGAAUGAACUAAGUGAUUUGAAUUCAAUCCUAUCAUAUUUAAGAAUUGAACCUUUCGGAUCUUUGAAAAAUUGGGAAUCACUUGUGGGGAAACCAAAUGAUUUUAUAAAAUUGUUCAAAAAUUUAUCUCUAAGGCAUACUAAAGAAAUGGUUAAAUCAGAUAUAUCUAUCCCCCCACAGGAAAAAUAUUUAUUAAGUGUUCCAUUUGGUCCUAUUGAACAAAAUAAUUAUGAAGAAUUAUAUAAACAAUUCUUGAAUGAAGUUGGUUUAGAUGUUGAUGGGAACCCCAUAGUGGAAAAUUGGGAACCUUCACAAUCCUAUUAUGAUUAUAUGAGUCAUUGGUUGAAAAAAUUAAGAAGAGUUUGUUGUCAUGCUAAUAUUGGGAAUAAUGAUCAUCAAAGCGGUAAUGAAAAUUCAGCAUUACAAACAAUGGAUCGUGUUUUGAAAAAUAUGAUUGAAAUUGCUCAAGAUAGGGUUAAUCAAUUGAAUAGAGACAUAACUUUGAAAAAAAUUGAAAUUGGUCAAGUUUAUGAAUUUGAAAAAAAACCUGAAAAUGCCCUUGAUGUUUGGUCUCAAGAAUUACCAAAUGUUGAGAAAAGAAUUGAAUCUCUACAAACCCUGUCAAUCAAUAAUGAUAAAUCAAAAUUAAACCUUAGAAUCAAUUUGGAUCUAUUACAUAGAUUAUAUUUCUUCAUUGCUUCUGCCCAUUAUCAAUUAUACAACCCAUCCAUAACAGAACUAGUACCAGGGAUUGAUAAAGAUAUGUUACCACAUGAUGUUGACCCAAGACUAGGAGGUGAUGAACAUAUCAGCCCAGACGUUGUUGUCUACAGAGUUUUAACUGAACAAGAAUCAAAUCAUCAAGAUUUAGAACAAGAAUUUUAUACAAAAGCUCAAAAUGUUCGGAAAACGCUAUUAGCUGAACCUAUCAAGAAUGUUUCAAAUUCAGUGAUGAAAUUAGAUCGGAAUUUUCAAUUGGAAUUUAUUGAUUUCAUACCUAAAAGUUUCCAAACUUUAGAUACCCAGGCAUUCUCAACAAGAGUUGGUACUGUUAUAACUCAAUUGAAUUCACAAUCAAGUUUAUUAAACAAUUGGUUGGGAAAACUUGUGAAUGCAAUAAGCACACCUUUAUUAGAUGGGGUUACUGAUCCAGAUGGUGAAGAAUAUGGUGAAUCUUUAGAUGAUCAAGAAAAAGCAGCUGCAUAUCUUGAUGUAUUACAGCGUGCCAUCCAGGAUAGACAUUCUUUAAUAUUUGGUAAGAAUGAUCAUGGGGAUUUUGAAAAAAUUGAUGCUAUUGUGGAGAGUUCAGAUUCAGAUUUUAAAGAUCAAUUGGAACAAGAAUAUCCUAAAAUUAUGAUGGAGUUUUCACUAAGACAUUUGGUUAUUGAAUCUAAAACUAUAUUGGCUGGUAUGACUGUUGUGCAAGAUAUGGAUCCAUUUGCUAAAUUAAUUGUUGAAGUUCGUAAAAUAUUGGAAUUACAAAAGGAAAAUAUGGAUUCAGUUAAGAAAUUUUUCAAAAUUAUUAAUGAUUGUUAUAAUUUGAGAAUCACUUAUUUUAGACAAUUACAAGAUUUAUCAGAUAAUGUUAGACCUUUUGAUGAAUAUUCUCAUGCAAAUUAUGAUUGUAUGGAGAAUCUUUUAAAAUUGAAGAAUAAAAUUGAAAUUGAUGAAAAAAAUUUAACUUCAAUCCAUUCAAGAAUCCGUUAUUUACAAUCAUUAUCAAGUGCUGAAACAGAUGAAUCUGAUAAAUUAUGUGUUGUUUGUCGAAGUUCAAUCACUAUUGGUUCUUUAACAAAAUGUGGUCAUCAAUAUUGUAAAGAUUGUUUGGAUCAUUGGUUAGCUCGUCAUUCAAAAUGUCCAAUUUGUAAACAAAGUAUUACAAAAGUUGAUGUUUACAAUUUCACGUUUAAUAGAGAUGAGAUUAAUGUUAGGAUGAUUACGGAAGAGAGUAAUGAAGAAAUGUUUCAAGUUUAUCAUAAAAUGGAUAAGAAUAAUCUUUAUGAUAUCAAUUCUAUCAAAAUUAAAAAUAACUUUGGUUCAAAAGUUAAUACAAUUGUUAAACAAGUGUUGUGGUUGAAAAAACAUGAUCCAUAUGUUCAAAUUGUUAUUUAUAGUCAAUGGACUCAAUUAUUACAAAUUAUUGGGAAUGCAUUUAGACAAAAUGGUAUAACUUAUUUAGGCUCCAAAAACACAUUACCAAGGAUUGGGAAAGGUAAAAAAACUGCAUUAAAAUCUGAUAUUGCACAGUUUAAGAAAAAUCCAGAAAUAACUUGUUUUUUAUUAAAUGCAAAAGCUGAAGCUUCAGGUUUAACUUUGGUUAAUGCUACGCAUGUGUUUAUUUGUGAACCUUUAGUGAAUACAGCUUUGGAAUUACAAGCAAUUAGUCGUAUUCAUAGAAUUGGUCAAAAGAAACCAACAUUUGUUUGGCUUUUUUCAAUCACUGGAAGUGUUGAAGAGAGUAUAAUCUUGUUAUCAACAAGAAAGAAGGUGAAGGAACGUGAGAAAUUAGAUACUGAAGAGAUGACUAAAACAGUAAACAAACUUGUUGAAGCAAAUGGUGAACAUGUUAAUCCUUCAGAUCUUUGGAAUUCUUUCUUCAGCGCAAAGAUUGAUAGAAUUGUGUAGAAGAUACAAGGUAUGCAAUAUUGCAAAAUUAUAAUACAAUUAAUGAUUAAUGUUUACAGCAUUUGUAGCAAAAAUUUCAACUUCAGCCUUGAGAUCAACGGUUCUGAGUAAAAAACCUGGUUUCAGGGACACACCAUACAAAGAAAAAUU